AUGUCAAGAUUCAUCGAGGACUACCCUGGUCUCAAUUCAGCCCGUGCGGCGUCAUUAGUUGUCGCCAUGAUGUGCGCGAUUAUGCAACUUCCGCUCGAUAGCAAAAUCGCUCCACUGCCAUCUCCGAGCAGGAUUCCGUUUCAGACCUUUAUGGACAUUCCAUUGCCUCUCCGGAACACCGGCGAAGACUUCACCAAAUGCCACAUCAACAAGAUGACAUCGGCCAAUUUCCUCACCGGAGACUGGAUCGGCUAUUACAAUGACCUUCGCGGCUGGGGAAGAAGAGAGCGAUUCUACUUGGACCCCCCCAUGCGGCGUAUACGCCUCAUUGCUCGCCCAGUCUCCUUGUCAGAAAAAUCGUCUCCAAACGAUAAGACUAUCAUUGAUGGUGUUUCUGGAGGUGUCGAUGGAUUCCACACGUUCAGCCUUAGUGGAAUGGUGUCUGCUAAUGGGGAUGUUAAACUGCGAAAGACUUACAUUCACCAAGGAUGGAGCUGGAUGUGGUGGGGUGUUGUUACGCCUUUUGGGAUUGUUGGUGCUUGGGGUAGGGAACAUGAGGGGAGGUUUGGUGGCCAUUUUUGGAUCUGGAAGAACGAGUGGUGUGAGUCUCUUACAGAGCAAGCUACCCAAGUACGUGGUAUCUAG